AUGAGUUCGCAAUAUCGUCAGAAAAUCGACCCCCCAAAGAAGGGAAGACACGGGAAGAAUGGGGCGAAACUUGAAGAGUCGAAGCAAGUGCGUGCCAGGAGGAUCCGAAAAUUGGAAUAUAGGCUCGAAAGAGACAGAACUGCACAGAGGCUCACGGAGCUUGAGAAUCAAGCAAGACAAACUCGAGCUGCAUGGCGGGUUACAAAAAGCGAGUAUGAGUUGGAGAAAUUAAAAAGAGGAGAGCAAGAGUGGAAUUUAGAGGGUAUGGAUAUCGAUGAGGGAACUCUGGACUUCUGCGUUCCAGAGAGAAACUUUGACGAAGAUCCCGAUACUCAGGUAGAGAUGGAAGAUUUACGGGAGUCCGCACAGCCAAUACAAGAAGCCCAAACGGAAGUAUCGAUUUCUAUCGAUCCGAGCGACAGUCAGAGUGAAAAUUUUCCAGCUCUCUUAUCCAUCUCAACCGGCAAUAUCAAUCCCACAGAGCGACCAGCGGAUAUGAAAACUAAUGGCGUUGAGGAUGAGGAAGCAUACGACAGCCAAACGGUAUCGGCUCCGCCGUUACCCCAACUGGUAGCCCAAUCCAGUUCGGAAGCCAGCCCAACGAACCUAGAAACUCACAACCAUAAUGCACAUACAUCGGUUCAUAAUAAUAGUUCCUUUAGCGAGAUCUCUGCCAAUGCGAACCAACCUUGCCAGUCUAGUCAUCAAGCUUCUAGUGCCCCGGAUGGCGUUUCUAUUGGUGAUGACGGUUUGCCAAUCCUUGAACUACGAUACUACAGGGAGAUAGAUAUACCGGCGGAUGGGCUAGAAUUAUCAUUUCUUGACAUGGACCUGGAAGAGUUGUACGAAGUUGCGGGUAGCCUGGAACCAACUCCAGAAACAGAUCUUCAAGAAGUCAAACUGCUCGGGGUCAUCCACUAUUACAUCUUCUCAAAGACUGGAGCAGUGGAAGACCUCCAGAAUGCAAUCAACAAAAUAGAGGAAGUUGUAUCAGGGACGGACAUCAAUAGCCCAAAUUAUGCUCUCAGCCUAAAGGACCUCAUUACAAUGCUUAUAAAAAAGUACAAUUGUACGGAUUCGCUUGAAGACAUUAGUCAGGCUAUCCUACGGGCUGAAGAAAUGGUAACGCUAACACACCGCGACCAAGGGCAACAAUUUUUGGAUCUAUUCAGAAUGAAAGGCAUAAAAGCUAUACGCACAGGUUCAUCUGAGGAAUUGAAAGAAACGAAAGCUAUGUGGGAAACAAUCACGGCAACAGAUACGCUGGUCGGUAACUAUUUGACUACAUACGAACGGACCGGCGACAAAAACGACUUACAAAUGGCGGUGGCAGCAGUCCCCGAUGAUCAACCGAUCAGACCAUUCGUCAAGGCCAAACUAGUCGACUUCUUCAAUGCUAGAUUCACGGAGACAGGAGAUACCAAUGAGUUACAGAUGACUCUGACGAUAUUACCUAAUGGUCACCCUAUCAGACCAUAUAUUUUGGAAGAACUAGCUAGUUCCUUUGGGAUCAAAUUCGACAAGACUGGGAGUAUGGAAGACCUGAACAUGUGCAUCGAAACGGCAAAAGAAGCGAUGGUGAUCAUGCCUCAUGAUGACAUAGAAGAGAAAACAGCCAUAUCCGUUAUGUUAGCCAACAAGCUUCAGAGUAGGUUUGAACGGAGUCCGACAGAAGAUAUGGCCGAUUUGGAGAUGGCUAUUAAGAUAUUGGAAGAAAGUAGUAUAAUUUCACGUCAUAAUUCUUCGCAUAGAUCGGUUGUUCUGGGUUCGCUGGCAGCCGCUUUAUACAUUAAGAGCGAAUGGACCAAUAACCUUGAAUAUUUACAGAUGGCGAUUGCUUUAGGCGAAGAAAUUCUGGCGGCUGAAUCUCUUAAUGGUUUCUUCGGGGGACCCGAGAAACAAAAUCUAGCCGUCUUCAUUCAUAGUAGAUACGAAAGAACCAGGGAUCUCGACGAUCUGCAAAGGAGUAUCACACUGGCCGGGGAAGCUGUGGAAUCAUUCAAUCGAUAUUACGAACACUCGAAUGCAAAUGCAAAUGCCAUAGAUAUCAAUGUUGAGAAUCAGCGUGUUAGCUGCCUGGGGAACUUAGCCGGCUACCUACAUACCAGGUAUGAACUGACCGGUAACCUUGAUGACCUGGAGCUAGCUAUCGAAACAACCAAGAAAGCCAGAGCAACGGUCUCUUCAGAAAGUCCAUCCUAUUCAAAGUGCCAAAAUAAUCUAGUCAACUACCUGAGAGAAAGAUAUCUUCGAGCCGGUAACUUCGAUGAUUUGCAGAUGGCCAUCCACAUAGGCGAGGAACUAAUACGUCGGGAUAACAAUCCGGCAAGGACAGCCUCACUAAUUGGUUUAAUCGUCACCUUUGGAGAUAGAUUCGGGAAAACUGGCAAUAUCGACGAUUUAGACAAGGCGAUCAAGCUAUCCGAAGAAGCCAUAGCCACAACUCUGGAUCAAUCCGAAAAGGCUAUGAUACUACACAACUCGGUUGGUUACUUUGCAAACAAGUUCGAAUAUACUGCCAAUAUUGAGUAUUUGGAUAUGGCUGUGCAGAAGGCCGAAGAAGCUGUGGCUCUGAAAGCUGAUAACCACCCUGAAAAAGGGACCUUUCUGGCUAAUCUAGCAACAGCUCUCACCUCCAGAUCCAGCAAAACACGUAAUUUUAACGACUUUCAGAAAGCAUUGUAUUACUUCCAGGAGGUAGUGCGACUCCCUAAUACGACUCCACAUCAUCGAAUCGAAUCAGCGAACUCUGCUACCCAAAUGCUCGCCGGGAACAACAUGUGGUCUGAAGCUAGUCAAAUGAUAGAAAUUGCUGUGGGAUUACUACCAUUAAGUGUAUCACGCGAAUUGAAGCACAGGGACCAACAGCACAAUUUAAAAAAACAUGCCGGUUUAUCUUCAAGAGCCGCUUCAAUUGUAUUGAAUGCUGGAAAGGAUGCAUAUGACGCGGUGAAACUACUUGAGCUCGGCAGGGGCGUUAUGACGGGCUUGCGACUUGGGAGUCGGUCCGAUUUAACUGAACUUAGGUUGCAACACCCAGACAUCGCAGCGAAAUUUGAACAACUCCGAGAUAUCCUCGAUUCACCGGCUUCAGGCACCUUUGAGUCUGCGGUGAUAUAUGAUAGCAAGGCCUUAGAUGAAUCUCCGACUCUUCGACGGAAGAAUAAUGAACGCUUCGACGCAAAUCUUGAGUUCAACAAGACCAUCGACCAAAUCCGCCUCCUCCCUAACUUCGAAAACUUCCUUCGUCCCCCGGCACCUGAUGACCUAAUGACCGCUGCUUCUCUCGGACCUGUAGUCAUCAUUAAUAUCAGCCGGUAUCGCUGCGAUGCACUCCUCGUUGAACAGCAGACCAUUCGAUCAUUUCCGCUCCCCAACCUACUUCUGAAAGACAUAGAAAAACAUGCCGAGUUUAUGCAAUCGAUUCGUUCCGCCCAUCGACUAUGUUCCGAUACCCUUCGUCAAAUGUUCCGGAUGCUGGAGUGGCUUUGGGACGCAGCAGUGGGCCCUAUCCUGGAUUCACUAGGGCUCUCGAGUCCUCCAGUAAAUGAGGACGGCGAGUGGCCGCGCAUAUGGUGGAUUCCGACCGGCCAACUAAGUUUGUUACCCUUACAUGCUGCAGGGUACCAUCACCCAGGAUCUACCAAAACCACGCUCGACAGAGUAGUCUCCUCGUAUACCUCAUCUAUCAAAGCCCUCCUCUACGGCCGUCAGAACUCACAAACGAUGACUAAGUUUACACCUGGUAAGACGUUACUUGUAUCAAUGGAUCAAACGCCAAAGCAAUCUGAUCUUCCGUAUGCGGCAGAGGAGGUUAAAAUGUUACAGGGCCUUUUACCCACCCGUUUAACGACCGAAACAAUCAAACUAGAACAACCAAAUAAGCAAGAUGUUCUGGACCACUUGGAAGAUUGUACAAUCUUCCAUUAUGCCGGUCAUGGAGAGUCUAAUUCUCUUGAGCCUGAGAAAAGCUCUCUUCUUAUCAAUGAUUGGCAAACAAACCCAUUAACAGUGGAACACCUCACUGAGCUCAACUUCAGGCAGAAAUCUUCGGCACCUUGGUUGGCUUAUCUCUCAGCCUGCUCAACAAGUGAUAGUAACGCGGAGAAGCUACAUGACGAAUCCAUUAACUUGGUGACCGCAUGUCAGCUGGCUGGUUUCCAACAUGUGGUAGGAUCGCUAUGGGAAAUUUCCGAUAAGCACUCCGUUACUGCGGCAGAAGAGGUAUAUAAGACAAUAGCAGCGGAAGACGGUGGAGUUAUAGACGGAAAGAAAGUUUCUUUGGGUGUGCAUCGGGCCACAAGGCGUCUUCGAGAGCUUACGCGUGGGGUGGCCGGAAAUAGGGCCAUGGCAGAUAGUACAGAGUCUCCUGUCCUCCCGAAAGAGAUAGACGAUGAGGAAUGCGCAGCAGAAUGUGCAGGGCUUAUUCUGGAAUCCUCCAGAGGAAUAGUCGGCGAGGGUAAUGAAUUGAGAACUUCAAGGAAGCUUAGGCCUAGGGGAUAUGAAAAGGUAGAAGAAGUCACGGUGGGGAAUCCACUUAUCUGGGCAGCCUACGUGCACGUUGGGCCAUAG